GUCUUUCCUUUAUUUGAAGGCUACAAUUGUGCAAACAAUGCUCGCUUGGACACACCCAGAGAUCAGCGCACUUUUAACAUCGUACCUGCAAACAGCAACUAUCAGCUAGGAAAAGAAGGCGUUGGCCCUUGCCUUAAGGAUGCUUUUAAAGACAUUUUGCUUGUUGUUGUCUACAACUACCCGUUUUACGACAGUAUACCUCACCUCAGCGCGCUUUACAGACCAGCCUUUCCUCAUCUUUUAUUCUGCGGACCUUCUCAUAACACAACUCGCUCUGGAAUCCUCACUGUUAAUAUCUACAGAGGUAUUCUGGGAUAUGAGUGCCUUGGAAGAGCGACACGUGAGCAUCCGGGAUACAGGGGCUAUUUUUACAUCAGUGAUGACGUAAUUCUUAAUUAUUGGAAUUUCCCGGAUUUUGACCGGGAAAAGAUAUGGGAGUCGUCGUUUUCUUUUGGAUCGACUCCGGUUUACGAACCCGCGCGCACUGAUUGGUACUGGUGGAUUUCCCCGUACGGUUUAAAUAACUGCCGAAGAGCUUGCGAAGAUGUGGCGAAUAUGAAUUUCGUUGAAAAGAAACUCAACGUUAAGUAUCACCUAGGUACUCUCUCCAAGAACAGCAAUGGAAGCCUGCGCUGCUUCAGCGGUCGCUCGGACAUUUUGUACAUUCCAAGAAAGCACGCAAAAGCGUUUUCAAUUCUGGCGGGAACGUUUUAUGAACAGAAGGUUUUCUUGGAAAUUGCUAUACCCACAAUAAUUCGGUUCUUGGAACGAAGCGAGAACAUAGGCCGACUUCCAGGCUAUUAUAUACCGGGAGAUGUCAGAAAGAAUGAUUUUCGAGUGACUGAUAGCAGGUAUUUCUGGUUUGUAUAUUUUCCAAAAAACAAGAUAUGGUUCAUUCAUCCUUUUAAACUUCAUGGACAAGAAAUGGACAAGAAAUUUAACUUAGUUAUGUUAAAAUUCAUUCUCAUAGAAAAAGUGAGAUCGCAAACAAGCUGCGCACCCAGUGUGAGGCAGACAAAAAACGUAAUCUGA